AUCAUGCUUUUGUCUUUGGUAACUGUAUUUCUUUUGCUUGGAACGGGACAAGCUCAGAGGACAACUCAUCAUUUUAUUAUGGAAUAUUUUCAGAGAAAGCUUCAACAGCUUGAGGGACGACUGAUCAAAUGUGAGCAAGACUUCCAGCACUUCAGUCAAAAGAUGUAUGACAUGUCCAAGGAGAUACACAGUGAAACGAGCAAAGUGAACGUGCUAAAAUCAGAGGUCAAAGGUCACAUGGACACCGUCGCUUCGCGUUUGGACCGAGUGGAAAGAGAUGUGGAAUACCUGCAUAAUAAGAUCCCUGAUACGCUUCAGGUUGACAUUGAGGACUCGUUGCUUGAGCACCAGUUGAAAGAAGCCAAACUAAAAAAGACAUCUGUAAUCCCUAAGGGCAAAGACUGCAGUUCAGAAGUAGUGGCUAUCAAGUCUGUUAAAAUUGUCAAGAAAGCAGGUGACGCCAGUGGAUCCUGGAUGAAGGAUCUGUCAAAGGGUUCUGCUAAGAUUUACUUUUUUAGUGGUACUCGAAACAGUACAGUAUUAGCAUGUACCUCUCUGAAGACCUUCACCGAAUCAAACACCAAAAAAACUGAAGUUAUCCGUCUUCCUUUUCCCUGGCAUGGAACCGGCCAUGUGGUCUACAACGGCUUUGUGUACUACCACAACGCAGACACCAACAAUGAGAUCCUGAAGGUCCACCUCGGCAAUCGUACAGUGGCUGAUCGGUUGCUGCUUCCUGGAGCUGGUCAGAUGCCAGCAUAUUCCCUCAAUCCUCACACCCUGCUUGAUCUCGCCAUAGACGAAAUGGGGCUCUGGUCGAUCCAUGCCGACCCUGACAUCAGUGGCAACUUGGUGAUCACCAAGAUGGACCACAGUAGUCUGGCAGUAGAGCACACAUGGGAUACCAACUGCAAUAGUCGUGAUGCAGAAGCAGCUUUCAUAAUCUGUGGCACCUUAUAUGUGGUCUACAACUCCCAUUAUGGUGGAAGGUCAAGCAUCCAAUGCUUGUUUGAUAUCCAUGACACCAUCUACACCGAGAGCAUCCCUGUGCUUUUCUUCCCAAAGUGUUACUCAAGCCACUCCACUUUGCAUUUCCACCCAAAGGAUAAGCAACUGUAUGCUUGGGAUGGCUAUCAGACCAUCUAUAAGUUAUAA